AUGGCCAUUGAGGAAAGCUUCAAGGGAAAGCAGUGGAAAGCACAGUGGUUGUCGGAGUUGCAGCAACAUGCAAAUCAAGCGAAGUACCACCAGAAAGCUGAGCUGGAGGUGCUGAGAGAGUCAGUGAGCGCACAAAAUGUGGAGUUGAACGACUUCAAGCGACACUGCAUGGGUUCCAUCCAGCAGAUUCAGCAACAGAUGCGUUGUCAGCGACCACAUCUGAAGUGCACUAAGAUGAUGGGCUACUGGGUGUCGGAUCUCAAGUUGACCAUGGCAGAUCUGCAACGCAGCGUUUCUGAGAUGAAGAUCCAGGUGCCGACCUACCAAAAAAGCGUCGAGGUGAAGACCAACCUGACGGAGCUCCAGGUGGAACGUCCUUGCGUCGAUGGAACGUGGACCUGGGAUUGGGAGAUCCUUUCAGCGAAGGCUGGGGGCCCUGGCAAACCACUGGAGGCUGGCUCGCCAGUAGCCCGCAGCCCAGUUCCCAACAGUGCUGCACGCAGCUCUGCCGGCUUGGAGAUCAGUAAGCUCUAUCGCAUCAUACGAGAAGUUCAGGAGAUGACUUUAGCCAAGUUCGGGGAGGUGGAUGAGGCCAUGAAAAUUCUCCACGGCCACUCCAAUGCCUUGCAGAAAGAUCUGCAGGGAAGUCAUGCAGACUGGAAGAAGAGCCAAGAACUUCUCAGCCAAGCCGUGGCGGGCCUCUCCCAGGACUUGGGCGACUUUCGGCAGCACGUAUCGAGCACCACCCAGAAGUCCCAAACGGAAAUCCUGCAGUUGCAGGAGGGCCAGCAAGUCGAUGCGGAAUGCUUGAGUCGGCUGGAGCUGCAAGUUUCUGCCCUGCACCAGACUGUGCAGGCGAACACCAAUGAUCUGAUCCUGCUGCGGGGCGAACGUGGCGAACGUGGCGAACGUGGCGAACGUGGCGAACGUCCUGUGUCUCCACAACGACGUCCAGUGCCGACACCGGGACAGAGACUGCAGGGUCAGUCUCACAGUCAUUUGCUUGAACUGUUGGACCAGCAAGCGCAGAUUCGCGCAGGGGUGAAACGUGUCCGCAUCACCCCACCACAGGCUCUACCAGCAGGACUGAGUGGAAAGACCUUGUAUCCCCAUGUGUGCUUCAAGAACAUCACCGUGCAGGCCAAUUUUGGACCUCCCAUGGUGCCCUUGCCCUUCAAGUGCCACAUGGUGGGACAGGCUCCAGCGUCUGAUGCGGAGCACGGCGUGGCCCCUGCCAGCGAUGGGAAGUACGAGGUGAUUUUUCCCAUCGCCAUACCAGACGAAGGCACCUUUGAUUGGCUGGAUGACUUUCUGAAGAAAAAUCCCAGGUAUGUUGAGCUGUCGGAUCGCGCCAUGGGCGAGUGGGCAGAACGCAGCGGCGUCUUCCGGAACAAGAAUCACAGCUGGAAGCAUUGCAACGAUAAACCUGACCUUCAGACUGGUCUGCCUCUCCUGGAUGAUUUUGGCGCUCGAAAGAUUCUGGGAGUGGUAGCACCUACGCAGCCCAGGAACUAUGUGGUGAUGGAGAUCAAAUCCAACCUGAUGAAGGACGAGAGGCAACACUUCAUCCGGAAAUUCAAACGGCCUGGCUUCAAGCUCGUUGCCCAGGUGGUUAUGGGCGAGCCGCCGGCAGAGUUCAAAGCCGCAGUCCAUCAGAUCCUGUUGGAAGAGAAGCAGAAGAAGGCUGAUGAGGAGUGGCAACAACGAAAGGCGCAGCGAGAAACGGAACGCAUCUUGAGGGCCAGGGAAAAAGAGAUGGAGGAGGUUCGCCGCAGGGCCGAGGAAGAGGCCUUGCAGCGCGCGCAGGCGGAAGCCACCGCCCAGGCGGAGGCCGUGAGGGCACACCUCAUAGCGCAGGGCGGCACCGAGUUGGCGGCCACCGAGCCUGCCGAACCCUCGGUGGAGAUCAUCGACGGUACGCAGCCGGUGCCACCAGGCGAAGUGAAGCACGACAAGGACGUUCCCAUGGAGGCCCCCCAGCAAGAGAAGAAGGUGGAGGAAGUUGAGGAGCCAAGGCCAGUUGUGACGUUGACGGAUGAAGAGAAAGCCGUGUGCUUCAAGCAGAAGGCCACCAGCGAUCUUACCAGCUGGACCCUAGGUGGUAACUUUGCGCGUUUCUGUCUUCCAGAUGCUGAUGAGGGAUUUGACGAGAUCCGCUAUGGUUGGAGUCCUGCAGAGCAGUGCAAGGAGCACUUGCACAAGUGGAUCCUGAAGAACAAGAUCCUGUGCCGUAUGGAAGAUAUCCUCCCUUCGGAUUGGUUCCAUUCCAAGGCCGCAGAGUGGCAGAAGGUCUUGGCCGAUUGGCAUAGCAAGCAGGGAGAGUUUGCCGCCAAACAGGCCUAUGAAACCGAAGAGCAGAAAGAGGAGAAGAAGGAGGUGGUGGAUGUGAUGGCAGUUGAAGACAUCUGCAACACAGUGGCAGCUGAGCCUUUGUUUGCGAAGUUCACCUUCGAGGACUGGGCGUUGCUGAGUCUCAGACUGGAAUUGCACCUUUUGGUGCAUAGCUUCCGUCGCGACGCGAAUGACGAAGAGCGUGUGGGCAUCCAUGAGAACCACCUGCCUUUCUACUACAACAAGUACUACAAGAAGACCUUCAACGUCAAGCACUAUGGUGUGGAGACGAACUUAGCACUGUUGUCCUACAUCAAGGACACUGUGCAGGUCAAUCCGGAGACAUCAGUGCUUCAGGCGAUGCUGAAGGAGGAUGUCGAGAACUUCGACAUCUUUGUGAAACUCACCGAGGUGGCGCGCAGGGAACGCAUGCAGAAGCUGGAACAGGGCGACGAGAGCGCCCGGUUACGCUUCGCCCGGCCCGAUGAGAUCCGACCGGAGCAGCACAAGGACUGGACGCCCCCGCUGGGAUGA